AUGCCCGGCUUAGUCGCAACACUCAAGGAUCCGAAGAAAUUCAGGGAGGUUUAUCGCUAUGUCUUUAUGUUUGCCAAGGACUCUGAGCAAAAGUGUAUGCCAUUGGAGGUUGCCUGUGCAAUGCUACAGACCGUGUUGAAAGGAAGGCCGCAUGAGGAGCGAUUUGUGGAGUUUUUGGAAACAAAGAGACCAGUCAAGGUCAUUAACAAGGACCAAUGGUACAACUUUCUGGACUUUUCAGAGACAAUAGCUGAGGAUCUGUCCAACUAUGAUGAAGCAAGUUCUGCAUGUAAGUCAUGCUUGCUUUCAUGGAUAUUAUGUCUGUGA